AUGGUGAGACCAAGAAGGCAAGCUAAUGUGCCCGAAGAUGAGCUAUCCAGGUGUGAAAGAGAUGAUGCCAUCGCAAGGGCGUUGAAUAGGAUGUCAGACUUGUACGAGCAGAAUUUCCGACCGCCGCAAGGAGAUCUAAAUAGAGCGGUCCAAGUGGGGUGCACCUAUGAGCGCUUCCUGGCGCAUAGGACUCCUGCCUUUACUGGGGAAGAGGAUCCAAUGCGAGCUAGGAGGUGGAUUCUAGAUUUGGAAAGGACCUUUGAAGUCUGUGGGUGUACUGAGGUCCAGAUGGUUUUGUAUGCAAGUUAUAUGCUACAAGUGAGAAGGCAGAAGGCUCGGGAGUUUAAUAAUUUGGUUCAAGGAGGUAUGACGGUCGAGCAAUAUGCAACGAAAUUUAUGGAGCUUGGACGGUUCGCUCCUCACCUCAUUGCCACCGAAGAGCUGCAGGUGGAGCGUUUUAUGGAGGGUCUGCGCCCUGAAGUACGCAGACAAGUGGCUUGUCUCGGGAUUGUGGAAUUUCAGAAGUUGGUAGACUUGGCCAGUAUCGCAGAGCGCGAGAGUAGCUUUGUAGUGGGCUCCCCUCCAGGUCAGAAAAGACGGAGUUAUCUUGGUGAAGGAAGCAGUUCUGGAUCGCCACAGAAAUUUGUUCAGAGGACCGGGACCCGUCCACAGACAACCUCCGGUGUUCGUGCAGGAGGCCGGACUCCAGUAUGCCCGAGAUGUAGUAGAGCCCAUGAGGGUGAUUGUGGUCAAAGGGGCAUUCAGUGUUUUAGAUGUGGCCAGCCGGGUCACUUUGCUCGGGAGUGUCCCAGUCUAGUUCAAGGAGGUCAAGGAGGACGAGGAGGUCAUCGAGGUGGAAGGGGCAACCAGAGACAGUUGGUACAAGCCCGAGUUUAUGCGAUGACUCCUGGCGACGUGGAUUAUGAGGCUCCAGAGACCCAUGAUGCUGGAGUGAUUACUGGAAGAGUUCGUCUAUAUGAUUUUUAUGCUUGUACUUUGUUUGAUUCUGGGGCGUCCCAAUCUUUUGUGUCUGCCACGUUUGCACGAAUGUGCAAUUUGGUUACGGAACCUCUACCACAAUCCUUAGUUGUGGCUCUUCCUAAUGGCGAGAUCGUGUGUAGCUCCAAGGUUGCUUUGGGUUGUCCUUUGGAUCUUGGUGGAAGGAUUUUGGAUGCGGAUUUGAUUGUAUUCAAGUUGCUUGGUUUUGAUAUAAUUUUGGGUAUGGAUUGGCUGUAUCGUUAUUCUGCGAAUAUUGAUUGUAGAAGACGAGUAAUUGGUUUUCAACUUUCGGAUGAGGAUUAUUUAGAAUUCGUGGGAAGUAAGUUAAAGGCAAGACCAUCAGUUAUAUCAGCAGUUCAAGCUAAGAAAGAUAUAGCUUGUGGGGCAGAUGCUUUUUUGGUCCAAGUCGUGUCUACACCAUCUGAGAAGAAAUCUUUAGCGGAUAUUCCAGUGGUGGAAGAAUUUCCCGAUGUGUUCGUGGAUGAGUUACCUGGAUUGCCUCCCGUUCGUGACAUGGAAUUUGUUAUUGAUCUGGAACCCGGGGCGGCUCCUCCUAGUACUUCGCCAUGGGGAGCACCUGUAUUGUUUGUCAAGAAGAAAGAUGGUACUCUCAGAAUGUGUAUAGACUAUCGGGAGCUUAACAAGGUGACUAUCAAGAACAAGUACCCUCUUCCAAGAAUUGAUGAUCUAUUUGAUCAGCUUCAGGAAGCAGCUGUCUUUUCAAAGAUUGACUUGAGAUCAGGGUACUAUCAGCUGAGGAUAAGGGAUAAGGACGUGCCCAAGACUGCUUUCAGGACGAGGUAUGGGCAUUAUGAAUUUAAGGUGAUGUCUUUUGGGUUAGCGAACGCUCCAGCCGCUUUUAUGGAUUUAAUGAAUCGGGUGUUUCGACCCUUUUUGGAUUCUUUUGUGGUGGUGUUUCUUGACGACAUUCUGAUUUAUUCCCGAGACUUGGAAGAGCAUGCUUGUCACCUUCGUCUGGCGCUUGGGAAAUUAAGAGAGCAUCAAUUGUACGCUAAGUUGAGCAAGUGUGAAUUCUGGUUAGAAGAAGUUAAGUUUCUUGGACAUGUGAUUUCUCAAGAAGGGGUGGCUGUAGAUCCUAGUAAAGUAGAAGCUGUUUUGUCAUGGCCUCGCCCUUCAACAGUUCGUGAGAUACGAAGUUUCUUGGGACUUGCCAGUUACUAUCGAAGAUUUGUGGAAGGUUUUUCUCGACUAUCAGGACCUCUCACUGCCUUGACUAGGAAGAAUACGGAGUUUGUAUGGUCUGACAAAUGUGAGAGAAGUUUUCAAGAGUUGAAGAGAAGAUUGACAAUGGCACCUGUUUUGGCACUUCCAGAGCCAUACAAGCCAUUUUAUCAUCCAGGAAAGGCGAAUUUAGUCGCUGAUGCUUUGAGUAGGAAAUCUCAACAACGUACUAUUCAGACUUUGGAGGAUAUGUUGCGGUCUUGUGUCAUAGGAUUUCAAGGAAGUUGGGAGAAUCAUCUACCGCUUAUUGAAUUCUCUUAUAAUAACAGUUUUCAUUCUUCCAUCCAGAUGGCCCCGUAUGAAGCUUUGUAUGGAAGGAAGUGUAGAUCACCCUUGUGUUGGGAUGAAGUCGGCGAGAGUAAAGUAAUUGGGCCUGAGAUAAUUCAAGAAAUGAAGGACCAAGUUCAGUUU